GGCGGCGGCGAGGACUGGCAGCGGCGAGGAGAUACUGUCUGCCUUCUGGAGAGCUGACCAAACACCAAGGAUGCUGAAGUUCCGAACAGUCCAUGGGGGCCUGAGGCUCCUUGGAAUCCGCCGAACCUCCACCGCCCCCGCUGCCUCUCCAAAUGUUCGGCGCCUGGAGUAUAAGCCCAUCAAGAAAGUCAUGGUGGCCAACAGAGGUGAGAUUGCCAUCCGUGUGUUCCGGGCCUGCACAGAGCUGGGCAUCCGCACUGUAGCCAUCUACUCUGAGCAGGACACGGGCCAGAUGCACCGGCAGAAAGCAGAUGAAGCGUAUCUCAUCGGCCGCGGCCUGGCCCCCGUGCAGGCCUACCUGCACAUCCCAGACAUCAUCAAGGUGGCCAAGGAGAACAACGUGGAUGCAGUGCACCCUGGCUACGGGUUCCUCUCUGAGCGAGCGGACUUCGCCCAGGCCUGCCAGGAUGCAGGGGUCCGGUUUAUUGGGCCGAGCCCAGAAGUGGUCCGCAAGAUGGGAGACAAGGUGGAGGCCCGGGCCAUCGCCAUCGCUGCGGGUGUCCCCGUCGUCCCUGGCACAGACGCCCCCAUCACGUCCCUGCAUGAGGCCCACGAGUUCUCCAACACCUACGGCUUCCCCAUUAUCUUUAAGGCGGCCUAUGGGGGUGGAGGCCGUGGCAUGAGGGUCGUGCACAGCUAUGAGGAGCUGGAGGAGAAUUACACCCGGGCCUACUCAGAGGCUCUGGCCGCCUUUGGGAACGGGGCGCUGUUCGUGGAGAAGUUCAUCGAGAAGCCGCGCCACAUCGAGGUGCAGAUCUUGGGGGACCAGUAUGGGAACAUCCUGCACCUGUACGAGCGAGAUUGCUCCAUCCAGCGGCGGCACCAGAAGGUGGUUGAGAUUGCCCCCGCCGCCCAGCUGGACCAGCAGCUUCGGACUCGGCUCACCAGCGACUCUGUGAAACUCGCUAAGCAGUUGAGGCACCUGGCCCAGAGGCCAAGCUUAGAGUCCAGGAUGGCUGAGAAGAGGGAGGGAAGGAGCCCCAGCCGCCUCCUCAGCCCUGCUGCUACACAGACCUGGCUUCUCUGGCACCGGCUCAUCCCUGUCAUCAGGAGAAUGAGAUUCCGUGGAUUCUGUCAAGAUUGAGGACCAUUAUAAAGGCAGUC